AUGGCCGACCUCUGGGUCCUCUCCAAGCCGUCUCGACAGAUCAGCAUUGAUAAGCAACAUGUGCCCGCCGAUGUACAUGACUUGUACCAGGAACUGAGCUUGAUUUCACACAUGGUGGGCUUGAUUCCCAAGGCCGUCGUCGAACGUUUCCGCCAAUUACCCAACACCACGAUCCACGCCUUCCAGGUCGAUACUAGCUGUAAUACCGACGUUACCGUUUUACAUAACCAAGUUACACGCGUCGUAUCUAUUUCGAUAGAUGCUAAUACGUGCUUUGCCGACGAGCACUCGGAGCCGUCGUGGAACUAUAAGGUCCAUACUCCGCUAUUGGAACUGGCGCUGUCGGGUAUUCCCGAGGUCGGCGAGUUUAAUAUCACGAGGGCUAGUCCCUGCCCUAUUUUUGUGAAACUCGAACAAGAUAAACAUCAACGUGAAGUUCAAAUAGAUACGGUAUUUAUGCAAUCUAAGCUCGUCGACUACUCUAUUAACAUUAAACCGGAACCCGACACGCCCUUCGCUCACUUCAUUCACGACGUGGUGGCGACACAGGAACCCGGCCUACGUACUCUAAUGCCCACUAUGUAUGUCCCGGUACGCCUACGCCCGCAGGCUAUCGUCAUCGAGACUAAGGUCGACAAAUCGCCGACGGAUCCACUGCUACAGCUAUACACGUGGGCCCGUGCAACAUGUAUUAGACUACAACAACUGAUGUUAUUAAACACGGCCGAUAUUAUAACUCAGCCCCUCCUCCAAGCCGUUGGUCACGACUGGAAACUGUGGUUCGCGCGCGACACAGCGUCGCAUAUCGAUUUAUAUGGCCCUGUCGCUAUUGGGAGCACCAAGACCGUACUGGGUACGUAUAAACUCGUAAGGUCGUUGCGGGCACUAGGGUGGUGGGCUGCGGGGCCGUACAGGCAGUGGUUUGAGGCCGAGGUUCUAGGCAUUUCUUGA